CAGUCGACAUUGUAUAUUGUAUUUGUUUGCUAAUUCGAGGUUUUCCCACUUAUUUUGGCACCUUUUUGGUCUGCACUAUUUCACUUUUUCACGUUGGAUGAGACUGUUUGAGAAUGAAGAGAAACGCAGGAUUUGUUAUAGAGCUUUCGCUCUGCUUUUGUGUCAUGAUGGCGCACACCGCUUAUGGAGACGUGAGCUAUUCUUUUCUGGAGGAGAUGAAACGCGGAUCUUUGAUUGGAAAUAUAGCACAGGAUCUCGGGCUCGAUGUGAACAGACUGUCAUCUCGUAAAGCUCGAAUUGAUACUGAAGGUAACAGAAAACGAUAUUGUGACAUUAAUCUGAAUACUGGAGAACUGAUCGUAGCAGAGAGAAUCGACAGAGAGGGACUUUGCGGAAAGAAAGCCUCAUGCGUUCUGAAACAAGAACUUAUGCUUGAGAAUCCUUUAGAAUUGCAUCGAAUUAGUUUACACAUUGAUGACAUAAAUGAUAACUCUCCGCAUUUCGACGAGGAUGUUAUCAGAAUGGAAAUCAGGGAAUCAGCGGACAAAGGAGAACGGUUUUUGCUAGGAGAAGCGCACGAUCCGGAUAUAGGAAACAAUGCAGUUCAGACUUAUACUUUGGAAAGCAAUCAUAAUUUCGUUUUAUAUGUUAAAUCAAACGAUUUAAUAGGGAAAUACUGUGAACUAGUAUUAAAUAAAGAGCUGGAUCGUGAGCAGCAGCAGGAGGUAAAAUUAAUUCUCACUGCGGUAGACGGCGGGACUCCACCGAGAUCAGGUACUGUAGCCAUACACGUCACUGUGCUGGAUGCUAAUGAUAAUGCUCCAGUCUUUAGUCAGGCCGUCUAUAAAGUCAGUCUGCCUGAAAAUUCUCCUGUAGAUACUGUAUUGGUGACAGUGAGCGCUACUGAUGCUGACGAGGGACAAAAUGGAAAGGUCACGUAUGCAUUUGGUCAUGUUUCGGAAGAAGAUAAAACCUUAUUCUUACUAAAUCGCAACACUGGAGACAUAACUGUUAUUGGAACAAUGGAUUAUGAGGAAAAUCGGUGUACGAGUUGCGUGUUGUAGCAAAAGAUUCUGCAGGUUUAACCUCGUACUCAAUGGUAAUAAUAGAAAUUACAGAUGUUAAUGACAAUGCACCGGUCAUCAUUAAUAAAUCUUUGAAUAUCCCUAUUCCCGAGAAUGCGUUACCCGGUACAGAG